AUGAGACCUGUCGCCUGGCAGAUGCGUGUCGCCAGAAGGAUUGGUCCCUUGCGGAUGCUUUGGUCGAUGCGGCGGAUCUCACCGAGCUGGACUCCGACCAAUUCAAUGCUCCUUUACACUGGGCGGCUUGGAAUGGCAAAGAAGAGUUGGUGGAGGAGCUCCUCCGGCGCGGAGCACCGCUCCGGCAGCCGAACGCUGAGGGGCUCCAGGCGGUGCACCUGGCGGUGCGGAACGGGCAGCUGUCGGCCUUGGCAGCCUUGUGGAGACAUGACCGAAAUAUUGCCAUGGAGCCUGACGGCGAGGGUGGCACACCACUCCACCAUGCAGCUCACGGCGGUUACCUUCAUGUCCUGGAAUGGCUGUGCGCCGGUGGGGGCAAUGCCUGGCCGAAGGUAUCUCCAGGGAGCUGGCGUGAACUCCCGCGAUGCCUAUGAGCUUACGCCUUUGCACUGUGCGGUGAUGGCAGGCAAACAGCAGACUGUGCAGCUCUUGCUGAGGCGCUCUGCAGAUGCCUUGUCGGUGGACACCAAGGGUCGCCUGCCGCUGCACUGGGCUGCGCUGCACGGGCGUGGCGCACUGCCGGCCUCGGUUCAUUCCGAAGGGUCCCUGGGUGGCCUGGUGGCCCUCCGAAGCAAGGACUCCGGUGGCCGACUUCCACGUGAACUGGUUCAGAGAUGGGAUGUGGCCACACGGCUCCAGCUGGUGGCUUUGGAGGCUUGGUGCACAUGGCAAGAGACAGCGGGUCGCUGGAGGCAUUUGCCGGCUCCAUGA